CCCAGUCGCUAUUUGAAAGACUUCGAUGAGCUCGGUAUUCUUGGAAAGGGUGGCUAUGGUCAGGUCUUUCACGUCAGACACCGCUUGGAUGGCCGCACGUACGCCGUGAAGAAGGCUGUUCUCGAUGAGAUUUUAACCGAAGUCCGGUCCCUAUCUCGACUAGAUCAUCCAAAUGUGGUUCGAUACUUCAGUAGCUGGAUUGAGUGCGACGCCGGCUUGAUAUCAAGCUCAGAACCAUCACUGGCCAUCCACCUGCAGAUGGACAUUUAUCCGAUGACCCUGGCAGACUUUUUGUCACCUCCACAAACAAGUUCUGUCGAACCAUUGGCCCACUGCUUUCAUAUCAGUCCUUCGCUGAGGAUUCUCCUUGCAAUUCUGGAUGGCGUGGAAUACCUUCACUCUGAGGGCAUUGUGCAUCGCGAUCUGAAGCCUGCAAACAUCUUCCUGCGCCUGGAGAGCAACUCCAAAGCAGCUAGUAGUUGCGUAGACCUUGUGCGAAUCGGCGAUUUUGGCCUUGUCACCUCGAUUGCCCAGUCCGGCGACCUCACGUCGGAUCCACCACCAACACACGCCGUUGGUACGGAACUGUACCGGCCGGCUGCUAGCAAGUCGAGCGUCAGUCCGAAGCUCGACAUCUUUGCCCUGGGUAUCAUCGCCUGCGAGCUAUUGACGCAUUUCAGCACGCAAAUGGAACGACGCGAGACAUUGCAUUCAUUGAGGAAGGGGCAGUUUCCGGAUGGAUUCGCUGGGUGUGCAGGUCAUCAAUCGAGCAAAGUCAAGGAAUGUGUAGCAGCCAUGCUGUCCGACGAGUCGCCUGAAGCUACGACAAUU